UGCUAUGUGGACACGGAAUAAUAAACCGUGCUAAUCUGUCUUUGUGUUAUGACAAAGAUUUUCCCGCUUUCAGUCGCGCAAUUAGGGCUCACUGAAGUGUAGACAUGGAAGUGCCUUGCUACAUGCCCAAACUACUGUUUGAGCUCAAUGAGCAGCGUAAGCGGGACUUCUUCUGUGACUGCAGCAUCCUCGUCGAAGGCCGUGUCUUCAAGGCUCAUCGUAAUGUGUUGUUUGCUGGGAGCGGCUAUUUCCGGGCUCUUCUGGUUCACUAUCUGCAGGAUAAUGGACAGCGCUAUAGCACAGCAUCGUUGGACAUUGUGACAGCUGAUGCCUUCUCCAUUAUCCUGGACUUCCUUUACUCUGGCCGCUUGGCACUAAACAGAAGCAAUGUCAUUGAGGUGAUGUCAGCAGGAAGCUACCUGCAGAUGACUGAUCUGGUAAACUUCUGUAAGGGGUACAUCCGCUCAUCUUUGGAAAUAUGCAACAAGGAGAAGGAGAGGAACACUGAGAAGGAGAACCAGGCACAGGAUGGAGCCAUGGGUCCUGCAGACAGCGGCACUCCUGCUGCAACAAUCUCCAGUGCUGCGGGGGCUGCAGAGCCUCACUCUCAGGCUGCAGAGGCAGAAAGAGGGUCUGGUUUAGGCCCAGAGUCUGUGACCUCGGCUAGAACCCCCUUGUCUAUCCCUGUCACCACAACUCCGGGCGCCAGCCGGGACAUGGACAGCGACUACCAUUCCAGGGAGGAGUUUGCAUCGGGGAAUGAAGGACAGAAAGGACACAUGGAUCAGACUAACCUCUCAUCCUCUUCAUCAUCUGCUUUGACCCCAGAGUUAGUGCACCCCAAGAUAGAGUACGACCCCGAUGAGGAGCUCAUGGAGUCCCCUGACACCAAAGACCUGGCCUCAUAUCCUGGGCCCUCUCUCCAUAACCCUCAUCAUAGCAGACUUCUUCCUCCCUCCCCCUCCAAUGAGCGCUCUCCCUUGGGAUACAGCCCUUCCUAUAAUGCCAGGCAGCUGAUGGAGAUGCUGGCCAGAGGUGAAGGUCCCAGUCCUCUGGGGGAAAGAGUGGGGCAGCGUUUCAGCCAAGGACUGGGUGGCAGCACAGGAGGUCGAAUGGACGAAGGUUUAGGGUUUGUGGGAUCAUCUAUCAUGGAGAUCCAGUCUGAUUGGCUUGGAGAGGACACAGGUGAUGGUUUGGUAGUACCAGUGAAACUCCACAAGUGCCCAUUCUGCCCAUACACUGCCAAGCAGAAGGGAAUUAUGAAGAGACACAUCCGCUGCCAUACAGGAGAACGGCCCUUCCCCUGUCCCAUGUGCGGCAAGAGGUUUACAAGACAGGAGCACCUUCGCAGCCAUGCCCUCAGUGUCCAUAGGCAUUACUGGCCAGUGUCAUGUAAAAGCUGCAGGCGAACCUUCACUGGAUCCAGCGUUUCACCAGGACUCAGACGCUUUGGCAUCUGCGACAGCUGCAACUGCGUGACCACCACCCAUGAUGAUUCCGCCUCUGUUCACACCGCCAGCCAACCAGAGCCCAUGGAACGUGCAGACGGGGGUACAGAUUGGUCCAGUUUUAUGGACGACGUAGAUGAGGUGGAGGUGGGUAGAGUGGAGGACUUGGUAGAGAAACAGAUGCUUGAAAGGCAGCUGGCUGUCUGCACCGAUGUAGGUCACACACUGUGAGUCUGAGGCUCACUGCACUUAGAGAAGAAAACCAUUCCUUGAACAUUGUACUGUCCAUUUAAUUGUGGCCAUACUUUAAUUGAUGUUAAAUUAUUACUGUAAAAUGGCCUUAUUUAUUGACUCAUUUUUAACCAGGAAAUGUGUCCCAACUGUUUUGCGUGGAAGCAAAUACUCAGUGUUUUUUCUCUUCAUUUGUCAUCAUAAAUGUGUUUUUAAUAUUCCUUCCUUUAUUUGCACAAUUAUUCAAAUCCAGUUUUGUCUGUAUGUGCUGCACAUAAAGACGUGGCUUUUAAACUUUACAUAAGAUAUACAGAGUAGCUCCUUACAUAUUAUGUUUUAUUCUAAAAGAUUGUCGUUUGCAGAUCAAAUUAGCUUGGUUAUGCUGGGGCCAUAAGUACUGUUACAAUAAAUGUGUUGUGUAAUUGUGGACAUACAUUUAUCGCAAUUUGUAAGUUUAUGUGCUUUUGUACAUAUAGACACUUUCUGAUGUUGUGUACAUUAAUCUGCUGCUUGUCAUUGAUUUGCAUCAGCCUGCAGUAUUGAUACAAAAAGUGCCAUUUGACACUCUAGUGGUUUAACACCAACAAGUCAGUAAUUACAAUUGCAUCCGGUCGUCACUGAGGUCACAAGCUUUUGCAUUGAGGAAGCAACUGACUUCGUUAUAAAGUAUAAAAAGCUAAUUUUAAAUGCUUUUAUUCUGUUUGUUUUUCAUCGCAAUAGGGGAGAGCGGGGUUGGAUGCAACAUGUACAAUUGGGACAGUGCCUUUUUAACAAUUUAGAAAGCAACAAUACCCAUGCCAUUCACUAUGUUCAUACACAGCAACACACUCUUCACUUUCAACCUCAAAGUGGAGACCUUUUGACUAUUCCUUACAUUUUAUUCAGUUUUGAAAUCUGCAGCAUCAGUCAGUUUCAACUUGUGCUAGUUUUAGAUUGUCUGAAUUUUUGUUGGUAGCCAGCAGAGGAGUCAAAAGGGUGUCUUCUCUCACUGUGACAGUAUUGUUUAUAAUUCCUACAAAUUAACAAAAAGUGGACAAAAACAAGACAAAGGCUUUUCCUACUUGAAUAAGACCCAAUGUGACAUCACUGAGUGAAUGUUUACUGCAUGAACCUAAUAAAGGCCAACAUUUCAA